AUGGGCACGAUCCGUCUCGUCGUACUGGCCGCGGCGGCGUGGCACGCCGCGGCACAGGUCAAGGGCUCCGCGUCGCGCUGCCGAAACAAGGAGCUGGAGUGCGACUCGUGGUCGAAGCGUGGCGAAUGCGAGAAGAACUACGACUUUAUGGCCGACCGGUGCCCAGUCGCGUGCGGCUACUGCGCCAAUGCCGGCCUGCUGCCGACGCCGGCCGUGUUUGAGCUCGAGUACGCGUGCGACGGCCAGCUCAAGGAGCGGCCGCAAAAGUGGGACCUCGCGUGGCGCAACGAGGGCGGAGGCGAGGUCUUCUCUCCGGAAGGGACUGCCCGCAUGCUCCCCGACGGCUGCGCGUUCCGCUGCCGAGACCGGCUGCCCGGCUGCGCGGCGGCGGCGGCGCAGGGGCAGUGCACCUCGCUGCCAGAGGUGCUGCGGAAGCAGUGCCCCGCAUCGUGCGGCGUUUGCGCGACCGAGGACGAGCGGCGCGAGAGGACGUCGCGAGGCGCGGCGGCGGGCGGGGAGGAGGACGGCGGCGAGGGAGGCGCUUCUGCGGAGGCGGCGGCGGGGAAGGCGCGCAAGAAGAAGAAGAAGAAGAAGGGGAAGGGCAAGAUGAAGCGGCGCGAGGCGGCCGGGGACGACAAGCAGGAGCUCUGA